AGGUUUUACAGGGAAAAAGAGGAAUUGGCAGCCCUGACCGAACCUCAUAUCGCACUAAUAAUUAGCUUUUUUAUGCGAAAAUUAAAUCCCAAAUUGGUACUUUCCCGCACAACAUGGCCGGAUCAAAUCUGCUGACCCAAAUAGACACCAUUGACCUCAACGAUCUGGUCUAUGUGGAGCGUGACCUAAACUUUGCCCAAAAGGUAGGCCUUUGCUUCCUGCUUUAUGGAGACGAUCACUCGGACGCCACUUACAUACUGCAGAAACUAUUGGCCAUGACUCGCUCAGACUUCCGGCAAAGCGAUCUGCUCAUGCAGUACGCCAAAUCCCGGCCAGAAACCUGGAAAAGACACCUCGUAGAGGCUCUGUGCAUCGUUGGGGCCCGCCAGGUGCUCCGCAGAUUGGGUUUCCGUUGGCAUGAGCUUCGAAUGCACUAUUUGCCGCAUAUUAAUGGGAUUGCCCUGCAUGUUCAUCCUCUUUUGAAAAGCCUCUAUAAGAUCUGUGAGGAGUUGUCGCUGGCGCAAAGUGGACGCUUGGUCCUGGAUGUUGGCGAGAAGGUGGCGAGACAGCAGGCAGGAGAUCCUCUCCGUUUCUACCACCACACUUACCUUGAGGUAUUCCUGCUAGACUGGCUGACCAGGAGAUGUAUACGGCUAGGAGACAUAAAUGCCACGGGCAGCGAUGUUCAGCUGCUGAUCGAGCACCUUAAAUUUAAUGAUUUGCAGGAGCAAGCCAGGUUGCUUAUAGACACAAUCAAUAGCAACGCUCCGGACGAGGAUCAGACGGUGGCUCCCCCUCUGACCAUCAAGCGAGAGACGCAACCCGAUAGCCAACAGGCUUCCAGCUGUUCCACAGGCUCCGCGGCUUCCUCAAGUGCUUCUAUCCGGCGACGGAAUGCCCUCCAGUUGAGCCGCGAAAACGCAGGAAUCGUUCUGAUAAUCAACCAGCAGUGCUUCCACCGGCAUGUUACCGAAGAUCUUAAGAAAUAUCUUUCGCCCAAAGAACUACAAAAUCGGGAUGGGACGGAUGUGGAUAAUGACCGACUUAUUAAGGUAUUUUCGUCAAUGGGUUACAAUGUGGAGUCACACGACAAUGUGAAUCAUUUGGGCAUUAUGGACCUCAUUCGCAGGGCCUGCGAUAGGUCACUGCUGCGGGAUUCACUGGUGGUGUGCAUCCUAAGCCACGGUUUCGAGGAGGCCGUCUAUGGAGCGAAUAGCAUCGCCUUGCGGAUUACGGACAUUGAAAACUUGCUCUGCAGCUACGAAACUCUUUACAACAAGCCCAAGUUGCUAAUCAUCCAGGCAUGCCAGGAGGAGGUUGUCAAGAAAGACAAGCAAAAUCAACUUGGAUUGCCCUUUAAGAUCGAUGUCACCACGCAGUCGCCGUGUCAACACGUUAAUAUGGUACGGGCCAUGUCCACAGUGACUGGAUUUCCUGCGCUGCGACACACGCAUAAGGGCAGCUGGUUCAUCCAGAGCCUGUGUGAUGCCAUCGAUCAGCAUUCUGCCAGUGAACACAUUGCCGACAUCCUAAUGAUUGUCACCAACGAAGUGUCCAAAAAGCGGGGUAAAAACGACGAGUCAAUGGUGCCAAAGUCUAAUAGCACAUUCGUCCAGCACGUUUACUUGCCACCUCGCCUUUGAUCGGAACACUCUGUAGUUAGUAAAUGGUAGAAGGAUCUACCUCAAAACCGAUAAGAUUGUUAUGCAGUUUUGCAAGUCUUUCCUUUAAUGGAGCACUUUUAGAAUAUAUGACUUUAUAGAUAGAGAUCAACAUUUGUAUGUCUUUUAUAAGCUUAAAAAAUACCCUGCGUAGUUUUGACUUG